CGGCGUGUCCUAAAGCUCAAACUUAAGAGACUUCCUGUUUCCAGCCGCGAUAACUCUUAUAUGUUCAAAGAUGUCUGCCACCAGGUACCGAAGGUUUUUAAAGCUGUGUGAGGAAUGGCCACGGGACGAGUCCAAGAAAGGCCGAGAUUUGGGGACUUUUCUGCGGCAGAGAGUAGCUUCAGCAUUCCGUGAGGGUGAAAAUACUCAGAUCUCAGAUCCAGAGAAGUGUGACCAGAUGUAUGAAAGUUUGGCCCAGAUUAACGGCAACGUAUACAGACAACGGUUUCCUCGAGUAAGAGACACAAGCUUCACUGGAGUCACGGUGGAAGAAUGUAGAGUGCUUUUGUCAGGGAGUGUGCAACAGAUGGAUGAGGAAAAAAAGGGUUUGUGGAAGACAUUGAUGACGAGAUUCUCCAAAUCACCUGAAGAAGCUCCAGAGAAGGCCCCUGAGAAAUAACUUUUUCCUCUCAUUUUCAUUUUUCUGGUUUCUUUGCAUGUAUAGAAAUAAAGUUUAUUGUUUAUCCAUAUGAA